AUGUCAGGAUAUAGCAACAACUAUACUACGUACUCUUCAACCGAACAGUCUUACGGUGGAGCGUACAGUGCAGGCGAAUAUAGUAACGUUACUAGCGGCGGUGGUUUCAUAAAAUCUGAGGAAGGUUCAAGCUUUUCCAAGGGUUCACAGGGAAAUGAACGUCGUAACAACCAUAAUCUUAGGCCAGUAACUAUCAAACAAUUACACGAGGCAACUCCGGUUAACGAUAAUUCCACCUUAAUAGAUGGGCUUGAGCUUCGUGUUGUCAAAAUUGUCGGAGUUGUUAAAGAAAAGACACCUCGACAUCAAGGCAUUGAUUAUGUGGUGGAUGAUGGUACUGGAUUCAUCGAUGUAAAAGUAUGGCAUGAUGAUAGUGAAGAAACUAAUGUCAAUAAAAAAAUUGAUAUCGCUAUCAAUACCUAUGGCAAAUUUUUUGGAAAUUAUAGAUCGUUUAGCAAUAAAAAACACGUUGCAGCACAUGUUGUACACCCUAUAGUUGAUCAUAAUGAAAUAAGUUAUCAUAUGGCUGAUGUUAUUAGGGCACAUUUGUACUUGACCAAAGUAUUGAACAAUCAAUCGAAUAAUCAAAUGACAUCAACCAGCUCCACGUACGAAUACCAAUCAAGAAGUUCUUCUGGCCAUGGUAAUCAACAAUUACAUAAAGAUAUAUUUGAUCUCAUAAGCAAGCAAAAUAAUACUCAAAUUGGAGCGAAUGUCGAUGAAAUUGCACAACAACUCGCAUUCCAAUAUGGUUCUGAUCAGAACGUUAGGUUUGCUAUAGAAGAUAUGAUUGGAGACGGACAACUUUAUGUCACGAGCGACGAUAAUCAUGUGAAAACAACGGGAUAUUAA